CGCUCACAGCGAGGCUGGGAUCCGGAAGUCGAAGUCUAAUGCUGCGAGCGCAGUCUGUGGGCUGACAGUGUUGUACUGUAUUCUCUUCUCAGAUCUUCGCCGGAAGUGGAGGAAAAAAAAAGCCUGCAGAUUUGAAUCUACCUGCUUUCAAGCUAGUCAUCAUGGUGAAACUUAGACACAAAAAUAAAAAGCCAGGUAAAAGUUCCAAAGGCUGCAAGAAGCCUGCAAAGCAGAAUGGGAAGAAAGCAGCCACCAAAGUGGCCUCCGCUCCCCAGUUUGUUCACUCCAAUGAUCAUGCCAAUCGGGAGGCUGAAUUAAAGAAGAAGAGGGUUGAGGAGAUGAGGGAGAAGCAGCAGGCUGCCCGGGAGCAAGAGAGACACCGACGCAGGACCAUUGAAAGCUAUUGUCAGGAUGUCCUGCGACGCCAGGAGGAGUUUGAGCGCAAGGAGGAAGUUUUGGAGGAAUUAAAUAUGUUUCCUCAGUUGGAUGAUGAGGCCACAAGGAAGGCUUAUUACAAGGAGUUCCGUAAGGUGGUGGAAUACUCUGAUGUGAUUCUAGAAGUCCUGGAUGCCAGGGACCCAUUGGGCUGCCGCUGCUUCCAAAUGGAGGAGACUGUCCUGCGGGCAGAAGGCAACAAGAAGCUGGUCCUGGUCUUGAACAAGAUUGACCUGGUCCCCAAGGAGGUUGUGGAGAAGUGGCUGGAAUACCUUCGGAAUGAGCUGCCAAUUGUGGCUUUCAAGGCUAGCACCCAGCAUCAGGUCAAAAACCUGAAUCGCUGCAGUGUGCCAGUGGAUCAAGCCUCUGAGUCACUGCUGAAAAGCAAAGCCUGCUUUGGAGCUGAAAAUCUCAUGAGGGUUCUGGGGAACUAUUGCCGCCUGGGUGAAGUGCGCACCCAUAUCCGUGUGGGCGUUGUGGGCCUUCCCAAUGUUGGGAAGAGCAGCCUGAUCAAUAGCCUGAAGCGCAGCCGUGCGUGCAGUGUGGGAGCCGUUCCUGGGGUCACCAAGUUCAUGCAGGAGGUCUACCUGGACAAAUUCAUCAGGCUGCUGGAUGCCCCGGGCAUUGUCCCAGGACCCAACUCGGAGGUGGGCACCAUCCUGUGCAACUGCAUUCAUGUGCAGAAGCUGGCGGAUCCUGUGACCCCAGUGGAGACCAUUCUUCAGCGCUGCAACCUGGAGGAGAUUUCCAGCUAUUACGGUGUCUCUGGGUUCCAGACCACUGAGCACUUUCUGACUGCAGUGGCCCACCGCUUGGGGAAGAAGAAGAAGGGGGGCAUAUACAGUCAGGAGCAGGCAGCCAAAGCUGUCCUGGCUGACUGGGUGAGCGGGAAGAUCAGCUUCUAUACACUCCCACCCUCCACCCACACUCUGCCUGCCCAUCUCAGUGCUGAGAUCGUUAAGGAGAUGACUGAGGUCUUCGACAUUGAGGAUACUGAGCAGGCCAAUGAGGACACCAUGGAAUGCUUGGCCACUGGAGAACCUGAUGAGCUGUUGGGUGACAUGGACCCGCUCGAAAUGGAGAUCAAGUGGCUCCAUUCUCCUAUGGUGAAAAUAGCAGAUGCCAUGGAAAAUAAAACCACGGUGUAUAAGAUCGGAGAUCUCACUGGGUAUUGCACCAAUCCAAACCGUCAUCAGAUGGGGUGGGCUAAGCGCAAUGUGGACCUUCACCCCAGGAACAACAGCUCAGUGGAUGUCUGCCCAGUGGACCACCGCCCGAUGCUACAGAGGAUCAUGGAGACAGACCCCCUGCAGCAGGGCCAGGCUCUGGCAUCUGCCCUGAAGAAUAAAAAGAAGCUCCAGAAGCGUACAGAUAAACUCGCCAGCAAGCUGUCUGAUUCCAUGAUGUCCGCCCUUGACCUCUCUGGCAAUGCUGAUGACAGUGCUGGUGACUGAUCCACUGAUCUCACCUCCUUCCCCCACUCCAAGCAUCAGUUCCAGUGGAAAUAACAGAUGAAAUGGUUUGCUUCUCCCUGAAAUUAAAAGAGCCCCUUCCCCCAACCCCCCUUCCCUCCAUUCUCUGGGAAAAAAAAGUCCCAAGUGUCUGAAACUGACAAACCCAAUACCCUUAUUUAAUCUGUACUCUGUUUUCAAGAGAAAUUAAAAAAAAAUUAUCAGCAGAUCCCUUAUGCUAACAAUUUAUCCCCCACCUUAUAGGUUGGGCUGGUUGGAGGGCCGACCCCUCACAAAACCCUCUUGGAGAGCUAAACAUGCAACUGGAGGCUAGGCUGCUCGUAGAUCUGGGGCUUCCUCGGUGGUGGUGGGGGUGAUGAUUUCUUUACCAGUCUACAACAAAGCUCAGCAGCACGCCAUCCCUGCAAUGGGCUGCAGGUCACACAUCUUCCUCCCACCCAAGCCCACAGAUCCUCGCUUGGGUGGCAGCAGGAGUAGGGGGAACAGUGAUGAGCCUUCUGAGUCUCUGGAAGGGUUUAGGGAUAGAAUAGAGGAAAGAAGACAACACACAAGCCUGGCUGGUGCUGAGGUGUGGUAAGCACUGCCUGUUUACACAAAGGGGAAGAAAGGUACCUCUUGGUAGGUUGCUGCUGUGGGGCAUUUCUGGGCAGACUGUGAGUUGGAAUUGCUUGAACUGAAGCACUCUGGCUGGGACCCGUCAUUGUGUGACCCCGUCUCACCCAGCACCAGCAUUUGAAUUCCAUGAUUCAAAAGAGUUCCGGUAUCAUUUAUUCAUAGGCUGCAUCCUCAAGAGCUGCUAUAUCAGGGGUAUACCAGCAAACUCCUUUUCUGGUGUCUAGAAGACAUUAUACCCCAUAAAAAUAUUAGCCACCUCUUCUGGGGGAGCAUACUCCAUCAGAAAAAGACCCAGGCAGUGUCAGGGCCCCUCAGAAAGGGACUAGGGUAAAUGAUGGCAACAGAAACACAGUAUCUUACUUUACCAGGGGUUGUUUGGGUUAUGCAUAGGACCUCAGUUCCUAGCAGUCUACCUGAGACUGGACAUGUUUGAAGGGAAUGGGUGUUAGAUUGCAGGCUUUGCCCCCCACCCCAAACUUCCACAUCAUCUGUGGAUCCACAGCCACAUCUUAGCCUUGCCUCUUUUGCUGUCACCCUAUUCAAAUCCUGAGACUGGAACCGUGUGAUGGCCUGAUAGGCCCUUGGUUGCAGGAUGGUUGGCAGGGAAGUGCAGACCACUUCUGCAUUCUGGGGCAGCCAGAGGAGAGAAUUACAUACUGCUUGAGCACAAACUGAACCAGACCCUGAAAACCUGUUACCUUCUUUAGCCUUCAAUACAGCUCUGCCAGUAAGAGGUUAGUCUCCCCAUAUGAAAGAUAAAUAGGCUCAAAGUUGUCAGGAAGUACCCAAAACAACAUAUUAAGUGGUGGUGCCAGGAUUGGAACCCAGGUGUGAUAAAAACAUUAUGCAGUCCCUUUCCUCUGCAUUGUACUGCCUCCUUAACAUUAAGUACCUACGGUGUGCCAGCCUCUGUUAUCAAGUCUUUUAAAUACGUUCUCUCUUUUUUUGGCUUUAAAAAAUAGGGCCUUGAUAAAAUGCCACUCCAAAUACUCUUUAAUGGGGUCCAACUUACUUUACACUAUCGUAUCAAAAUCUCCUGAUAGAUAAUAGUGCUACAAUGAAAAAUUGCAUACCAGGACAGCUAAUGCCAUUUUAUAACCAUAUGGCAAUUCAUAAUUUAACUUUAAAAAUAUUUUCUAAUACUCCUAAGAGAUACUGGUAACUAAAUACUAGGAAUAAGAGGUAUCUCGUUGAGUAAGAAACAUCAUGGGAACAAAAUUUGGCCCAAGUCAAACAGAAGAAUUAAAGUAGUCAUGUCAGGAUAAGAAUUUGGGAUUCCAGAUUUUCUACAGCAUAUCACAAGUUUUUUUUCUGCUUUUUUUAAAAAAAUCAUUUAUUUAUUUAUUUAUUUAUGGCUGAGUUGGGUCUUUGUUGCUGCGUGUGGGCUUUCUCUAGUUGCGGUGAGCGGGGGCUACUCUUCGUUGUGUGUGGGCUUCUCCUUGCAGUGGCUUCUCUUGUUGCAGAGCACAGGCUGCAGGUGUACGGGCUUCAGUAGUUGUGGCAUGCGGGCUCAGUAGUUGUGGCCCACGGGCUCUAGAGCACAGACUCAGUAGUUGCGGUGCACAGGCUUAGUUGCUCCGCGACAUGUGGGACCUUCCUGGACCAGGGCUCGAACCCGUGUCCCCUGCAUUGGCAGGCGGAUUCUUAACCACUGCGCCACCAGGGAAGCCCUAUCACAAGUUUUUUACAAUGCUAUUUUUCGAGUCUUUUCCCUCUUGCUUUUUUUUUUUAAGUAUAAUUUAUAUACAAUAAAGUUCACCCUUUAUAGUGUAAGUUCUGUGAGUUUGGACAAAUGUAUACAGUAGUGAACUACCAUCACUAUCAAGGUAUAGUUUACAUCACCCCCAAAACUCUUGGAACUCUUUGUAGUCAACCCCUACCCCCACCCUCAGAUUCUGGGAGCCCCCGAUCUUUUUUCUGUCCCUAUAGUUUUGCCUUCGUGUGAAUGUCAUGUAAAAAGAAUCAUACAGCAUGUAGGCUUAUUUUAUGCCUAUAGGUAUAGAAUAAAAUAACCUCUGGUGUACUUAGAAUAAGAUAACCUCUGGUGUACAGUUCUAUAAGCUUUGAAAAAUGCAUAGAGUUGUGUAACCAACACAAUCAAGGUAUAGAACAGUUCUAUUACCCUCUGCUCUCCCCCGUCAAAUUCAUCCCUGCUACUUUAUAGUAAAAACCUCCCUACCUCUUAACUCCUGGCAACCCUGAUUUGUUCUUUGUCCCUAUAGUUUUAUCUUUUGGAGAAUGUCAUAUAGAUGGAAUUAUACAAUAUGUAGCCUUUUGAGACUGGCUUCUUUCACUAAGCACAUUUGAGAUUCAUCUACAUUAUUGGGUUUAUCAGUAGUUCCUUAUCUGAGUUACACUCCAUUGUAUGGAUGUACCACCAUUAGUUUAUCCAUUCCCCAGUUGAAGGGACAUUGGGUUGUUUGCAGGUUUGGGUGAUUACAAAUAAACCUGCUGUAAACAUUUGCAUGGAUUUUUUUGUGUUUUCAUUUCUUUAAAUACUUAGAGUUGGUUUGCUG